UUCGCUGGUGGAUGCGAUCCGCGCUCUUACUGCGGCCGCCGCUCAACUGGGCUCAGUUUAUCCAAACCAGCAACAGCAGCCUUGACUCCAUUCCAACUCCUCCCCCCGAACCUUUGUACAAAAUGACUGUGUGGCUCUAAGGCCUGCCUGCGACAGAUACACCGUUAUUAUUAUUUUUUUCUGGAUCCGGGGUAGAGGGCGUUUUCCAUGGACAACAGGAAAACAGGGCGGCGAGUUGGAGCAAUGAUCUUGACGAGCGAACGGAGUAGGAAGGCAUUGGAGAGCAGGACAAUAAACCAGUGACCAAGACAGAGCAGCUGCUGCUAGUCGCAAUCCAGCAUCAGUACACGGAGCUGUACUUUGUAGUUUGGGACAGGAGCUGCAAGGAGAAACAGUACUGUGAAGAGUCAAUAGCAACAUCAUUCUGUGCCUCCGCUGUCACAGAUGCCAGAAAAGGAGCAGAUGUUGAAUGAAGAACUGUGAGUCCUUUUGCUCUCUCAUUUAAGAGAAAACCAUUGGGGUAGUGUCAACUCCCUGCCAUCCCUUCUGGUGGGGGAGUGGUAGGGAACGCUUGCCUUAAAACUUUCUAAACGUGACCUUACGUCAGAAGAGUCGAGGAUAAUUAACUUUCAGCUUCUCUGAAACAAGGCAGUUGAAUAAAUGAUUUUUUCCACUGAAGUGAGUGUAAGGUUCGGCAGGAAUCCUGCGGCCGUAGAAGUAUGUCGUGGUUCAGUGGCAUCCUGGUUCCUAAAGUAGAUGACCGCAAGACUGCCUGGGGUGAGCGCAAUGGGAAGAAAAGCAAGCGAAAGACCACCUCAUUUUGCAAACCUCGGUAUAUGAGCUGCUUGAGGGACCCAGAAAUGGAGAGAAACAACAGAGGAAACUUUGGACUACGCUGUGCUUGGCAGGAGGACCACUACAGUAGAAAAACAUUAGGCAAAGCUGCUCAGACAUGUGGAGAGGUGGGACUCCGAGCAGUGGAUUUAGGCUUUGAGGAUGGAGACUUCAGGGGAAGGAAGAGCCCUGACCAGGAUGGCUGGGAACAGCAGGACAAUGACCACCUUACAGCCAGGGAAUGCUGGGCCAGAGUGAUGCAGGUGUUCCAUUCAAAAAAGUUCCAAUCAGCCAAACUGGAGAAGCUUUAUCAGCGCUAUUUUUUCCAGCUGAACCAAAGCAGUUUGAUGAUGCUAAUGGGUGUGUUGGUGGGUGUCUGUGUGGUGAUGCUGGCAUUCCAUUGUGUCUAUGGUCGACCAAAUAUUGCCUAUGUCUGUGUGUUGUCCUUGGCCUUGGUCGCAUUCUUGGUCCUUAUGGCUCUCUGCAACCAGAAUGGGUUCCACCAAGACUACAUGUGGAUCAUCAGUUACUUUGUCAUCCUGGUACUGUGUGUGGUGCAGGUUUUUGGGGUACUGAUGGUGAAUCCCCGCAGUGCCUCAGAGGGAAUUUGGUGGAGCGUUUUUUUUAUCUAUAUUAUCUAUACGCUGCUGCCUGUCCGUAUGAGAGCUGCAGUGAUCAGUGGGAUCAUUCUUUCUGGUAUCCAUCUGAUCCUGUCAUGGAGGCUAAACAUGAAAGAUGCCUUUCUGUGGAAACAGCUCAGUGCCAAUGUGCUGAUAUUUCUCUGCACCAAUAUUAUUGGAAUCUGCACACACUAUCCAGCAGAAGUGUCUCAGCGCCAAGCAUUCCAGGAGACAAGAGGCUACAUCCAAGCCCGCCUUCACCUCCAGCGGGAAAAUCAGCAGCAGGAACGCCUACUUCUCUCUGUGCUACCCAGACACGUUGCCUUGGAGAUGAAAGAAGACAUUAAUGCCAAGAAAGAGGACAUGAUGUUCCACAAAAUCUACAUCCAAAAGCAUGAUAACGUCAGCAUCCUUUUUGCAGACAUUGAAGGCUUCACAAGUUUGGCCUCCCAAUGUACCGCACAGGAACUCGUCAUGACCCUCAAUGAACUGUUUGCUAGGUUUGACAAGCUGGCUGCGGAAAACCAUUGUCUGCGGAUUAAAAUCCUUGGCGAUUGCUACUACUGUGUGUCUGGUCUGCCUGAACCACGAGCUGAUCAUGCCCACUGCUGUGUGGAGAUGGGUGUUGACAUGAUUGAAGCAAUUUCCCUUGUUCGAGAAGUGACAGGAGUGAAUGUAAACAUGAGGGUUGGAAUUCACAGUGGGCGUGUCCACUGUGGUGUGCUGGGGCUUCGGAAGUGGCAGUUUGAUGUUUGGUCCAAUGAUGUGACACUGGCUAAUCAAAUGGAGGCUGGGGGAAAAGCUGGGCGUAUUCACAUAACGAAGGCCACACUGAUGUACCUGAAUGAUGAUUAUGAGGUGGAGUCGGGGCAUGGUGGAGAGCGGAAUGCUUACCUGAAGGAGAACAACAUUGAGACAUUCCUGAUAGUGGGCUGCACUCAGAAAAGGAAAGAUGAGAAAGCUAUGAUGGCAAAGCUGCAAAGAACGCGUGCAAACUCAAAUGAUGCAUUAGUGCCUCGAUGGGUUGUCCCUCCCCGUUCCUUAGCACGGACAAAGGAUUCUAAAGCUUUCCGACAGAUGGGUAUUGAAGAGACCUCCAGCAAAGACAAUAGAUGUGCUCAGGAAGCCAUGGAUCCAGAGGAUGAGGUGAAUGAGUUUCUCGGGCGAGCUAUUGAUGCCAGAAGUAUUGACCAGCUCCGUCAGGAUCAUGUGAAGAAAAUCCUGCUCACCUUUCAUUCUCCAGAACUUGAAAAGAAGUAUUCAAGGAAGGUGGAUGAUCGCUUUGGUGGUUACGUGGCCUGUAGUUUGUUGGUGUUCUGCUUCAUCGGAUUCAUUCAGAUUGUCAUAUUCCCACACACACCACUGAUGUUGGGGGUUUACAUCACUAUAUUUGUUAUCCUGGCAUCCCUACUGUUCAUAUGUUCAAUCUAUUCUUGUAUAAAGAUUUUUCCAGUUGCUCUCCAGAGCAUUUCUCAGAAGAUCGUGCAGUCACGGACUAACAGCACAUUGGCUGGAGUUUUUGCCAUUGUCCUGGUAUUCAUUUCAGCAUUUGUCAACAUGUUUGCCUGUAGUCCAGAACCUUUGCAGAACUGUGUGGCAAGAUUACUGAAUAUAACCCCAGCAAAUGUAACUCCUUGCCUUAUCCGAAAUCUUGACUUCUUUUUGGAGGGAGAACUUCAGUUAUGUGAAGGUGAUGGCCCAUCUUGCAACUUUCCCGAGUACUUUAACUGCAGCAUCCUGCUGACUCUACUUGCCUGUUCCGUCUUCCUGCAAAUCAGCAGCUUUGGCAAACUGGCACUAAUGUUGACCAUACAGGUUAUUUACAUCAUCAUUGUGGAAGUACCGAAGGUCACCAUUUUUGAUAACUGGGAUGUUCUUGUCAUGGCAAACAGCUUAAAUGACACCAUCUCUAAUAAGACGCUGGAAAGUUCAAACUGCCCAGAGGGUAAGGUGGCUCUGAAGUACAUGACCCCAGUUAUCCUCUUGUUGUUUGCAUUAGCACUUUACCUUCAUGCCCACCAAGUGGAGUCCACAGCACGCCUUGAUUUUCUUUGGAAAUUGCAGGCAACAGAAGAGAAAGAAGAUAUGGAGGAGCUUCAGGCUUAUAACAGACGUCUGCUUCACAACAUCCUUCCCAAAGAUGUUGCUGCACACUUUCUUGCACGAGAGCGCAGAAAUGAUGAACUAUACUACCAGUCGUGUGAGUGUGUGGCCGUCAUGUUUGCAUCAAUCAGUAACUUUUCCGAGUUUUACGUAGAGCUUGAGGCCAACAAUGAAGGAGUGGAGUGCUUGCGGCUCCUCAAUGAGAUCAUCGCUGACUUUGAUGAGAUCAUCAGUGAGGAGAGAUUUCGGCAGCUGGAAAAGAUAAAGACGAUUGGAAGCACAUACAUGGCAGCUUCUGGUCUGAAUGACACCACAUAUGACAGAGAGGGCAAGUCGCACAUCACAAGUUUGGCAGAUUAUGCCAUGAAGUUAAUGGAACAGAUGAAGUAUAUCAAUGAACAUUCUUUUAACAACUUCCAGAUGAAGAUAGGUUUAAACAUUGGUCCAGUUGUUGCUGGUGUAAUUGGUGCUCGUAAACCUCAAUAUGACAUUUGGGGUAACACUGUGAAUGUGGCCAGCCGGAUGGAUAGUACUGGUGUACCAGAUCGAAUCCAGGUAACUACUGAUCUUUAUCAGGUCUUGGCAGCUAAAGGUUACCAGCUGGAGUGCCGAGGGAUCAUCAAGGUCAAAGGAAAGGGAGAGAUGACCACAUAUUUUCUGAAUGAGGGGCCAAAUAAUAGCUAGCAAGCACCUGGGGAAAAAAGCUGCCUUCCAGGCUUUAGAGACCUGUCCACAGAGUUCUGCUGUGCUCACAUCCCAUUUUAAAGUAUCAACUGCUGCUGAACCAUGGGACCUAGAAGACUGUAGGGGCCUCUUCAUGCUGUGUACAACCCCCAACCAUCUGCAGGUGGAGAACUGGCAAGUUCAGCAGUGAUGCUUGUACCACUUUGCAAAAAACUAGAAAUCUGUUGGCCUUGCACCUUGGAUUACUUCAGGAUUUGAAGUAUUUGAUUUACAGAUAAUGAGGUUUUGAGGGUGGGCCUUCCAUACUGUUGCAACUGACAUUUAUUUAUUUAAUGUUCCUUAUUUCUAUGAUGUCCUUGCAAAAAUUCAUGAGACUUGACCAAAGAACGAGCAACAUGGAAGCAGUAAUGAAGGAUGUGCAAAGUGAUUGCAGGAUGUGGCAUGAUCUACUCUGCAUUCUCACUGGACUGCUGUGCUCAUCUUGGGGCUGUGAGUUUGUGUUAUUGAGUCUUUUCUUUUUCUCAGCUGCUGUAGUUGCAGGCAGUUUUGAACUGGAUGCCCUUUGACAGUCCAUGAUCUUUUGGAGUUAUGUAUGUAUUCUGUUUACUGCUCAGCAGAGGUUCAUUUUUACUCUUAUGAACUUCUAUAGUGUUUGCCUUGCUCAAGGUCCCAUGCCCACGGGAGUCUCUCCUUUUUGGGAGAAGUUUUUUUUUUUUUUUUUUAACUUGCAAAGACUAAUUUAAAAACUGAAGACCUUGGUGCCCAGAGUCUACACACAAAAACAAAAUCUUAUUAAUCUUGAAAGUGUGAGCCAUUUUGACAAGUGUCAUUAAGGGCCUUCUUGAAGCUGAUGACCAAUCCAGUGAAAGUUGGGCAUGUAGAGCAGCCUUUGAGGGGGAGGGUUAUUGUUCAUAUGCCUCUUUGCCCAGGUCUGUGAAUCAUUCCACAUACAGCUUGGUAAGCAUCAGUCCAGGAGCAACUCUUCUCCCCUUUGGAGAAUAACUGUAAGAAAUGGACUGCAUGCUGACUAACUGUACUGUGUUCAUUAUGAUUCUUGGAGAUGUCAAUGGGUGGUGAUCUUGUUUCUUUUCAGAUACUGUGAAAUGUUCAUUUGCCAAACUGCAAGCCUUAUUUAAGGUUAUUCUUCAGAGUUCCCUUUUGGGAUGUGGCAUGUAUGUUAUGUUUCAGUCUGGAAACCUGGCUUUACGUCCUGUUAUAAUAAUCUGUAUAUGCAUGUGCAGCUUACCCACUUUUCAACCAACCACAGAUUCACACCACCAAAGUUCAGGGAGCAAGGUGCCAUUCUUGGAUUUCAGUGUGCUGUUUGAUAAAAAAAAUUUAAAUAGGUUUGAAAUGCUACUGACAAAUUGUUGGAAAAAGGGUGAGUGCAGGUAAUAGUAUUUUCCUUUGGCAUGUCCAGCCUUUGACACUUGUUCCUGUGUUUGUGGUUUGUCACAGGAUUCAUUCAUCCCCAGUAAACUUCACUUAUUAAAUAUAUAAACAGAAUCUCCAGUCUGAUCAGCAGGAGCUGAAAAUUUCCCCCAAGCUGUGUUGUUUGACCUUCACAACCAAGGACACAUCCUUGUGCUCUGCUGUUUGAUGUUUGGGCACAAACGUAUUGGUAAAAUUUGGAUUUUGACCUACAGGAGGUGGAAGAUUUCACCAGGUUUGUGCUGUUUGACAUGUAGGAGCUAGGAACAAUCCCAUCCUCAGCUCUUUGAUUUGUGGGGUUGCGGAAGCAUUGCCAGAAUCUGCAGUUUAACCUACAGGAGCUGGAAGUUUCAUCAGGCUGUACUAUUUCACCUGCUAGAACUGAGAUGUAUCAUCAGACUCUGGCCUUUGACCUACAGAUGUUUAGAAGUAUCACAUGUUUCUGUUUGACCUGCAGAUGCCAGAAUACAGUGCCAAAAUCUGCUCUUUGCACCCCAGGAAAUUUUGGUAUGCAUGAGAUGGGAAAAAAAUUACCGGGUUUUACUGUUUGCCCAGUGUACUGAUACAGCUGUCAUGUCACACUAAGUGGUGCACAGAACUGGAUUCCUAUUAACUGUGACACAGUUGGGAGGAAAAAGUGGUACAUGGAUUAUUAAAAUCCCUGAUGCAGCAGUUGGCAGCCUUCUAAGUUUAUCAUCCCUCAAGUUGUAUUUCUGGUGUAGAAUUACACUGUACAGCCUAUUAUCUGAAGGUUUGUUUUGAAAACGUGUUCUUUUCUGAACCAAAUCUCCUUUAGUAAAGCUUUUGAGAUGUGGUAGUGUUUAUGGGAAUAUUAUUAUUUCCAUGUUUCAGUGUCUAAUGUUAUUCCUAAUGUGUUUAGGAUGCUUCAGCUUUUGCAGGUAACAGUUCUCUUAGUCUGACCUUUCCUGUCAUGAGCAGGUGACAACCUAUGUUGUACUGCUAUCAGGUUGCAAGUAAUACAGACCUGGUUCACUGUCCUUCUGUAUAUUCUAAAGUGCCUAACAUCCUGUUGGCAUCUGCAUGGAUUCUGGGUGUUUGCCUUAGAAGUCACAUCUCCUUUUUGACAGUUUCUGAGGGUGACUUUGAUAUCACUCCCAUUUUUUUAGUGUAUUCCCCCCAAACCCACUUGUAUGUGUAAUCAAGAAAGGAAGCUGUUCCUUUCCAGCGUAUCUCAGGUCGAGCUUUGGGGACUGAAACAAACUACUGCCAUGUCUCAAUGGGUUAAUAGAAAUCACUGUUUCUUUUUGAUUUACUUUCUCUGGUGCCAAAGAAAUUUAAACGUUUAUAAAAGAACCUGCUGUGUGGUUGGAUCUCCUUGCUCCCUUACCUGCAUCAUGACUUGUCAUGCUGUAGUCCAAGCCUUCCAGAGGUCAUACUGGGGAAGACCGGCGGUUUCACAUCUUGUGGGUACAUGUUGCCAUUCAGACACAACACUGGAAACAUUCUGUGCCUCAUGCCGAAGAGAGUGAAUCCAUUAACAUGCUCAGUGGCAGCAAAAGGGUACAUAUAGAAAGGCUAUUUCUGCCUUGUUCUUGGGAAUUAAAAAUGAGAGGGGAAAUAAAUGUCAAUUUGUACCUUAUUCUGUAUGCCAUAACUAGCUCUGGCAGGCUCCUUGCUGUAUUAUUUCUGAGACUGAAGUAUAAAUGAGCCUCAGUUACAGUGCAUAGGCACAGCACCUCCUGCCGGGAUGAGUGGCCCUUUUGAUAUGCUGUUUGCUUUGCAUUAGCAGCAUUCCUGUGUGGCCAACCUGUAUUUUCACUCGAGUAUAACCUUAAUGAAAUUGAAAAUGCUUUUUCAGUACUAAGGUGUAAAAUGACACUCGCACAUUGUCAAAAUACAAGUGGAUGGGAUAGAUAUAAGCAGAUGUGUUAUUUAAAUUAAAAAUAUGGAUCUUUCUCAUAUUUAUAUAAAUAUAUGUGUGUGUGU